AUGGAGAAUCCAGAUUCAAGAAAUCGCUCACACUCUUGUUCUAUUUGCAAGACUCCCAUGCGGCAGUAUGAUCGUCAUCCUAUUUGCAUUCCUUGUGGCAGGAACUGUGCUGCUGAUGUGUUGAAGUGUGAGAUUUGUGAGGAGUGGUCAUUUGAAUUAUGGGAAAUAGACAAGAUGAUUCGAGAACAAGCCGCCACUCUAGCAAAGAUUGAGAUAGAGAAGGAAUCGACUACACUGCAAUGCAAAAGACAAGAAUCUGAUGAGCAUCUCGGAGUAUCAAAGGGACAGCAUUCAUUGGAAAAGUACUUAAAUCAAAGUACAGAUUAUUUAGCAAAUGCUGGCAGCGUGCUCAAUGAUCCAUGUACCUCUAUUGUCAAUGUCAAUGCCAAUGCUAUAUUCUUUGCUACAACAUCACAAGACCAUCAAUCUCAGCAUAGCUUUGAAUCAUCAAAAUUUAAUUUUUUUGCUGAUACCAGUCACACAUCUGUCAAGUCAAUCUUAAUCUCACCAGCUCCAGUGAUGUGUCAUGACAAAUCUGAUUCCCGUUCUGGUGAGCAGAACACCGAUUUUCCUUUGGAUAACACAUUUGGUUGGUCAAAUCAGUUAAAUAACAAAACAUUAAUUGCUGAACAUGGUACUACGCGUGAUGCAAAUGAAACUCAUACAGGAGGUACACCCUUUCAUUGCCAGCAAUGUGAGAAGUCUUUCAGUCAGUCAAGUGAUCUGAAAAAUCAUGCCCAAACUCACAUGAAAAACAGAUGGCGAUGUCAACAGUGUGAGAAGAGUUUUAGUGUCCUAAGUCAGCUGAAGUUGCACAUUACAACACAUGGAAAGAAACCAUUUCAAUGUCAAAAAUGUGAGAACAGGUUCAGUUUACUAAGUCUGUUGAAUGAACACAUGAAAGGACAUAGUAAUCCACAAUUUCACUGUGAACAAUGUGAGGAGAGUUUCUUUCGCUCGAAAAAUCUAAAGCAGCACAUGCAGACACAUCACAGAAAAAAAAAAUUCAAUUGCCAGCAAUGUGAAAGAAGUUUCAGUUUUCCAAAUCAGUUGUUGAAGCAUAUGAUAACACACCCAGAACAGACAUUCUUUUGUGAACUAUGUCAGGAAAGUUUCAGUACUUCAAGUAAUCUUAAAAAACACAUGAGAACUCAUAGAGUAAACAACUUACUUCAUUGCCAACUAUGUGAGAGAUGUUUCAAUUUUCCAAGUCAACUGAGGCUGCAUAUGUUAACACAUAGAAAAUAUGAGAAAAAAUGCAAAAAUAAUCCAAAAUUGUUCCAGAGAUUGUAUGAAAAAACACGCCUAUUUGAUUGUCAAAAAUGUGAGAAGAGUUUCACCCAUCCGAGUCAGCUGAAGUAUCACGUGAAAAUGCAUGGAAAAAAACGUUUUCAUUGCCAAGCAUGUAAACAAAAUUUUCGAUGUGCCAGAAAUCUGAAACUGCACAUGACAACAUACCAUGGAGAAAGGACUUUCCAUUGCCAACUAUGUGAGGAGAGUUUUAGUGUGGCACGUCUUUUAAGACAGCACAUGAAAACUCAUACAGGAAAAAGACCAUUUCAUUGCCAACAAUGUGAGAAAAGUUUUGAUUUCCCAAGUCUCUUGCACAAUCACAUGUUGUCACAUGUAGGCAGUGAAAGGCACCAGCAACAUGAAAUGAGACUUGCUGACACAAGUCAUGACAAAAAUCAUACGAUAACACAGACACAAGAUUCACCUUUGCCCAAUGAAAGGACUCGAUCGAUGAUUCUUAGAAAAGAUAUGGUGACAAAUACAAGGGAUAAACCUUUCCAAUGUAAAUACUGCACAGAGAGAUUUUCUCAGUCAAGUGAUUUAAAAACGCACGAGGUGACACAUGUAGGAUAUAAGGUAUACGACUGCCCACAGUGUGAUCAGAGAUUCAUCAAUUCAUAUUCUAAUCUAAAACAGCACAUGAUAGCACAUCACGAAAACAAAAUUUUCCAUUGUCAACAUUGCGAGAAGAGUUUUGGGCUGAUAAGUCAUCUAAAACGGCAUAUGAAAACUCAUAAAAUAAACCAAUUUCAUUGUCAAAAAUGUGAGAAGAGUUUUCCCACUUCAAGUCAUCUGAAGCAGCACCUGGCAACACAUAAUAGAAAUGAACAGGAGAGCAAACCUAUUAUGACUAGCCACACUCUCACUUCUACUUCUGAUGUCGAGAAGUUUAAAACAGAACAUACAGGAUUUCGAAAGACGAAAAAACAAGAUGUUUCCUGUCACACAAAAACAAGAUCAAGUAAUGAGUAUUAUUGUCAAAAAUGUGAGAAGUGUUUCACUCGUUCAAGUGCCCUGAGGUUUCACAUGAAAUGGCAUAAAAAAAAACGUUUUCAUUGCCAACCAUGUAAGAAAAAUUUCCUACGCUUAAAACGUCUGAAACUGCACAUGAUAUCGCAUCAUGGAGAAAAGACUUUCUAUUGCCAACUGUGCGAGAAGAGUUUCAUUUGUUCGAGUCGGCUGCAGCUUCAUAUGCAAUCUCAUAAAGAAUAUACACCAUUUCAUUGUCAGCAUUGUGAGAAGAGUUUCAGUGCCCUACAUCACCUGCAUCAACACAUGGAAACACACACAAAUAAACCAUUUCAUUGUAAAUAUUGUGAGAAAAGUUUCAAUUUUCUAAGUCUCUUGACUUACCACAUGUUGUCGCAUACAGGCAGUAAAAGUCACCAGCAACGUAAAAUGAGUCUUCCUGACUCAGGCCAUGAAAAAAAUAAUACGGUAACACAGACGCAAGAUUCACCUUUGCGCAAUGAAAGGACUCGAUCGAUGAUUCUAAGAAAGGAUAUGGUGACAAAUACAAGUGAUAAACCUUUCCAAUGUAAAUACUGCACAGAGAGAUUUUCUCAGUCAAGUGAUUUAAAAACGCACGAGGUGACACAUAUAGGAUAUAAGGUAAAUGACUGCCCACAGUGUGAGCAGAGAUUCCUCGAUUAUUCUCAUCUAAAAAAGCACAUGAUAGCACAUCACGAUAACAAAAUUUUCCAUUGUCAACAAUGCGAGAAGAGUUUUGGGCUGAUAAGUCAUCUAAAACGACACAUGAAAACUCAUAAAGAAAACCAAUUUCAUUGUCAUUUGUGCGAGGAGUCUUUUUUCAUUCAAAGUGAUCUCAGGAACCACAUGACAAACCACUCUCUCACUUCUAUUGCUGAUUUCAAGAAGUUUACAGCAAAACGUAGAGGAUUUCGAGAGGGGAAAAAAGAUGUUUCUUUUCACACAACAUAUUGGACUGUUAGUUUAAACAGGUUACUGAAAGCUAGAAUUGUGGAAAAUGAUGCUUACAAGAUCCAUCAGCUUUCAGUAACUUGCAUCAAGAGUAAAAUUAAACUGGUUCAGUGUCGUAAAUGCAAGAAGAAAUUGUCCACAUCAAGUGAUUUCAAUCGACACAUGCGGACACAUACCGAUGAAAGACCAUUUAAAUGUCCACGGUGUGAGAAAACUUUUAAACGGCCAUGCCAUGUAAAAAGACACCUAUUAGUACAUAAUGGUGUAAAAGCAUUCAAAUGCCAACAGUGUGAGAAGUGUUUUACCGUGUCAAGUCAUCUAAAACAGCAUAUGUUUACACAUACAGGGGAAAAACCAUUUCAUUGCCAACAGUGUGACAGAAGAUUUACGCAAGAGUCUAAUCUAAAGCAGCAUAUGAUAAUACAUACAGGAAUUAAACUUGCCCAGUGUCAGACAUGCAAGAAGAAGUUUUCAACAUCAAGUGAUUUAAAGCGACACAUGCGAACACAUACAGGUGAAAAACCAUUUGCAUGUCAACAGUGUGAUAAGAGUUUCAGUCUGUCAAGUCAUCUUAAAAGACACUUGAAAAUACACAAUGGAAAUAAACAAUAUCAUUGUCAACGCUGUGAGAGCAGUUUCAGUAGUUCAAAUCGUUUAAAACUGCACGUGAUGCGAACACACAUGGAAAGGCAAUUUCAGUGUCAUCAGUGUGAAAAAUUUUUUAUUCGAUCAAGUCUUCUUAGGCGACACAUGCUUAAACAUUCUAUUGAUUCCGGACAUCCAAAAGAUGAAGUGUUAAUGCAUGCACAAGAGAAAACUCUUCGCUAUGAUAAGAGAAUUACCCGAUCAAGUAAGCUAAAACAACAUAUGGAAACAAAUACGGGUGAUAAACCUUUUCCUUGUAAAUACUGCACAGAAAUAUUUUCACAGUCACAUGAUUUAAAACUGCAUGAAAUGACACAUAAAGGAUAUACAACAUUCAAAUGUCAUCAAUGCGAGAAGAAUUUCGAUCGGCGAAGUCAGCUGAAAAAUCACAUGAUAAAGCAUACAGAGGAUAAACUAUUUCACUGCCAACUAUGCGAGGAGAGUUUCAGCCUGUCAAGUCAACUAAAACAGCACAUGCAAACACAUAAAGAAGAUAAGCCCUUUUGUUGCAAACAUUGUGAGAAAAGAUUCUCUCUUUCAAGUGACUUCAAACGACACAUGAUGACUCAUAUUCUGCAGAAACCAUUCCAGUGUCGACAAUGUGAGAAGAGUUAUCUCCAUGCCUAUGAUCUCAAACAGCACACAGCAACACAUAGUGAUGGUGACCAUGAAAGAAAACCUGUUAAGAUGAGUCACUAUUACACUUCUGUCGCUGAUGUUAAGAAAUUUAUAACAAAAACUGGAGGAUUUCGAAGGAGAAAGAACAAGAUGUUUUCUGAAAAACAACAUAUUGGACUGUCAGUUUUAGCAGAAUAUUUGAAAGCUAGAAUUAUGGUAAAUGAGAACACUUGGAAAAUCCAGUUGCUGCGUCAACACAAAAACGAGAACAGUGUUGAGGAAACUUUCAGAAUUGCUUUCUCAUUUUAG